AUGGUAAUUUCUACCCGACAAAAAUUGGUUCUAAAAAUAUUUGAUGCUGAUGCCUAUGAUGCCUAUGAUGAAACUAUAAUACGUAUAUCGAAAUCCUUUCGAUGGAUGGAAAAUUUGUGCUUCAAAGAAUAUUUGGUGAAUGGAAAGGGUGAUGUUGAUAAAGGAGAAAAACUGCCAAUUUUAGAUUCAUCCGAAAAAUAG